GUAUUACUCCACUGUUUAAGGAUUAGUCAAAAACGCCAAGCAAAUUUUUAUUUUAUUUUUCUAUUUCUCGUUCCUUUCUUUGGCAGGAAUAUAACUCCUUCCCCUUAACCCUCAUUCUCGUUCUUUCUCUUCUCCUGUUGAAGGUCGCAGCACAAUUGGGAUCUUUUUCGUCAAGCCAGAUGGGUGAUGCUAUCCCUCUAUGUGCCUCUCCCUGUGGCAAUGCGACGGUUUGCUAUCAGAAGGGCACGCAGAGCUUGAAGGUCGUGGUUUCAAUUUACAAGAAGAUUAGGCUUCCAGAGGCAUUUGGCGGUCAAUCAGAUGGGGGUCUUGUAAGGCUUAAAGACAUAUGGUGGCUUAGUUAUAGUUACUUUUCCUUCUUGUGUAUAGUCGCUGCCCUCCUGAAUUUAGAACAUGAUACGGGAAUUUUCACGUUCCUUUUCAUGGUGGGUGGCUUUAUAAUUCAUUUUACUGCGCACUAUUCUGUUGUUUAUUGGCAUCGCGACAUGCCUUUCCAGCUAAUUGGUGCCAAGGCAAAAUUUAUGAUCGAGGUCAUUCCUGUGAUGACUGCAGCAGCCCUGCAUCACCUUUUGGAGUUCAAUUACGGGUAUCUCGCUCUAUUACUAGGUUGCACCACAUAUUUCUAUGUGUUUGGUCACUUCAUGCACGUAUCAUAUGAUAUCGUGGAAAAAGACUUAUUGCUGGAAUUAGUAAUGCAAGUUCUUGUUUACAUGGUGGACGGGAGAAUUGUUAGUUAGAGCUUUGGCUUUGACCUUCUGCGUUGGUUUAUGCUUCUAUAGAUACAUGAUAUAUUGUGCUCCCGAAGUACCUGAACAUCCUAAAAAGGAGUCGGAGCGGCUGCCUGUCUGAUUUGGAGGUGUCCUUGGUGUAACGGUAAUGUUAUUUCCGCGUGACCUAUAGGUCUCACUGGUUCGGCCGUGGAAUCAGCCACUAAUGCUUGUUUUAGGGUAGACUGUCUACAUCAUACCCCCUUAGAAUGCGGCCCUUCCCCCGACCUUGCAUGAAUGAGGGAUGCUUUGUGCACCGAGCUAAUUUUUUAUUUAUAGCUUAUCUUGUGCCCUUAUCACUGUGUAAACCAUAUCAAUUGUACGUCAAUGGAGAAAAGGAAGAACAUUUAGACACAGUUUCCAUCAGGGUUCAGCACAUUUUUAUUAAAUAUUAGACUGAAUGAAUUUGCCUCUAUGAAAGGGCCCCAAAAAUAGAAAGUUUUGGUUGUCUAAG